UAGCUGCAAUACAGAGAGGACAGCCAGAAGGGACUGGAGAUACUACAAGAGGACAUUACCCAUGGAAGUGGGAAAGGAGGAGCUCAAGCAGACAAGUUUUGCUGCACGAAUCAUGGGCUGCUGGAAGCAAGAGGAAACCAACACCUGGAUUUUCCCCACCCUGGUCCUCUGCCUCUAUGGAUUCUUCUACAUGAUGAAGCCAUCAGAACCUUUUCUAACCCCUUAUCUGACAGGACCAGAUAAAAAUCUGACAAUAGACGAGGUUACCAACCAGAUUUUCCCCGUUUGGACAUACUCCUACCUCGCACUCCUGCUCCCCGUCUUCCUGAUUACAGACUACGUGCGCUACAAGCCCGUCCUCCUCCUCCAGGGCAUCAGCUACAUCGUCACGUGGCUCUUGCUCCUCUUCGCUCACGGCGUGGUGGCCAUGCAGGUGAUGGAAUUCUUCUACGGGAUGGUGACAGCCACCGAGGUUGCCUAUUACGCCUACAUCUACAGCGUCGUUAGCACCGAUCACUAUCAGAGAGUGACGAGCUAUUGCAGGAGUAUCACCCUGGUUGCGGCCACGCUUGCUGCAGCGCUGGGACAGCUGCUGGUUUCCUUGGCAGACGUAUCCUACUUUCACCUCAACGCCAUUACCCUCGCUUCUGUGUCCCUGGCAUUCCUGUGUUCCUUUCUCCUCCCAAUGCCCCAAAAGAGCAUGUUCUUCCACCAAAAAGCUGCCUCUGAAACUCUCCCACACCCACAAGCAGCCGUGGCUACGCUCGGCUCCAACGGGCCGCCGAGCUGCCAGCAGGACAAGGACUGCGCAGCUGCUGGCACGGGACCAGCACCACAACAGCAGGCUGAACAGCCCAAGCCCCAGAACCACAUGCUCAGAGUACUGCUGCAGCUGAGCAGGGACUUGAGGGAUUGCUACAGCUCUAGGAAGCUGCUUUACUGGUCCCUGUGGUGGGCUUUGGCUACGGCAGGCUUCAAUCAGGUUGUGAAUUACAUCCAAGUGCUGUGGGAUUCCAGAGCCCCCUCUCACAGCUCCGCAGUGUACAACGGAGCUGUUGAAGCAAUAGCAACUUUCCUGAGCUCGGUAACGUCUUUCAUGGUGGCAUAUGUGAAAGUGAACUGGGACCUUUUUGGAGAACUGGCAUUAGGGAUCUUCUCCACAAUAGACGCUGGUUCCCUCUUCCUCAUGCACUUUACUACCAACAUCUGGUCAUGUUACGCUGGCUACCUCAUUUUCAAGGCAAGCUAUAUGCUCCUUAUAACAAUAGCAACGUUCCAGAUCGCCGUCAAUCUGAGCAUGGAGCGCUACGCUUUGAUGUUUGGAUUGAACAACUUCAUCGCACUGGUGAUUCAGACAAUCCUUACAGUAGUCGUAGUGGAUUCAAAAGGCCUGGGACUGGACAUAGUGACUCAGUUUUUAAUUUAUGGCAGCUACUUUGCAGUCAUAGCUGGGAUUUUCUUGAUCAGAAGCAUUUGCAUGCUUCUCUCAAGCAAAUGCAGAAGGAAAAUAGCAAGAUCAUGGAAAGAGCCUCUGAACCUCACUGAACAGGAACCAAAAGAGCAGACUAUGACUGGCUACACGACCCGGCUGUAGGAGUCAAGCAAAGGCUCACGUGGCCUGGCCCUCAUAGGAGAACAGCUCCUAUUUGCAGCAUACGUGGAACAGCAAUGCAAGAGGAACAUACAACUGAAGCACUAUGCUGAAUCACUACAGCACUUCCUUACAACAUAUGCCAGCUAAGAAAGAUCAUCAGAACGGCACCGAGCCAAGAAUAAAUGAUAAGUUGCUUUAGAUUCUUGUUUACUUGCCUUUAAACAGCUUAACAGCAAUACUUUAUAAUCAAAAAAGAACAGCAACCACCUUGGCAUCCCACUGUGCACAAAGAUCCAAGCUCAUUGUCUUGCUUGGUAUGGCUCUUGCAACCAGUAUCACCAAGCUGCUUCCACGCACACUUGCUCGUACACGCGGGCCAAGGGGCUACUGCCCGCUUUGUGCAAACCUUGCUCUGAACAGAGGAAGAAGGUAUUGCAUUUGCAUCGUGAUAUUCCUUCCUGCCUAAAUACAGGUGAUUCAGAAGUUGAAAGCCCACCUCAGAAGCACACCUUUUGCACACAACAGUGCAAAGGCAGGGCUUGCACAACCUGUCUGAGAAGAAGGUUCAUUCAACCACUGCUAGGCCACAGUUGUUGUUUGGCCCACGUUUGAAAACUGCAACCUAAACACGACACUGAACCCAUAGCAAUCUCAGCCCAGAAGGGUAAACAUUUCAGAGUCAAAACAAAAAUGAACCUUCCCCACUCGUUUCUUUGUGCUUCCAGUAAAAUAUUUUAAGACUGGAUGUCUUCCUGUUUCAACAGGAAGAAAAAAAAUACAGAAAGAGGUUGAAUAGUACGGACUAGGUCCAGAAAAAGUAUGUUGUUGUGGAAUUGGAAUGACUCUGCAUAGGAAUCCAGAUUAACAGGAAGAUUUAAAACUGAAAUGAGAAAACAACUAGUACCAUGCAAUUUUGCUCACCAGAUGAGGAUGUUCACUGAUCUUGGCCAAGGAUUUCUCAGGGUCAGCAUCUCAGAAUUUAUCAAGAGACUUUAAGUCCUACAGCUAAUUUAGUUUAGCAUAAAGAACAGUCAGUCCAGGAGGAGAAAAAUUUUAAAUGAGUUUGAAUAGUAAAUGCUUAGUUUAAUAUAAAAAUAUACCCAUAUGUUAAAGUUAUUUCUGUACUGCAGCUUGCUUCAAGCUUGCAAUACCUAUAUCUCACUAAUAAAAAUAGAAAAUACUUUGCAUUUGCAGAAUAAAUAUGCUUCCUAUGGAGAAAAGUUAUCAACUGUACAAACAUUUGUGCUUUUCACACAAUUGUCACGUACUGGAACUAGGCAAACUAUCCAGAGGCAAGACUAAGUAGAGGCAAGAGACUAAGCAGGAGAGGAGCAAUUUGCUUUAAGUCACAACAAUUAGUAGAACUUGGCCAAAUGAGCCCAGCUAGUUUUCUAGUCAUUUGAUUUAGUAUUGUGCACUGCGUGGACAUUCUCAGUUGUAAACUGUCUUUAGGCAGAACAGUUUAACCAACGCAGAUGUAAAAGCAGGAGAUGUACUUAGCCUCCACUAAGCACUAUCUUGUAUUACCACAGAACUACCUACUUAAUAUUCCUGCCUGUAGGACAGAAGUCCAAUAGAGCAUGGAGUACUUGGUAUUAGAUCAUGAAUAGAAAACCUCUUUUGAGGCUUUUACUUACAAACACAGGUUCUUACAAGCAACUUCUGGACUGGCAGCUAACUAGAAUUUGUGCUUUAAUGAAAAAAA